AUGUUGAGAAAAACUGGUAUGGAAGAAUCUACAAUCAAAGGAGACUUACUCUGUAAAGUUUGCGGAGAUAAAGCCUCGGGGAAACACUACGGUGUCUCCAGUUGCGACGGAUGCAGAGGUUUCUUCAAGAGAAGCAUCAGAAGAAAUUUGGAAUACGUUUGUAAAGAAAAUAGCAGAUGCAUCGUUGAUGUGACGAGGAGGAAUCAAUGUCAAGCAUGCAGAUUUAGGAAAUGCCUUCAGGUCAACAUGAAACGAGAUGCCGUACAACACGAGAGGGCCCCCAGGACGACGAUCCAAGCCAGCAUGCAUCAUUAUCCUUUAUCCUUCGGACCGCGUCUCAAGACGCUUCAAUCCUCGUCCUUCUUCUCUGGACUUCCCCUGCACUUGCAGACACCCCCGAUAAUCGAUCCAGCCGCUCUCACCUCCGUCUCCAGUCUCCACUCAUCCUACAUACAGCAGGGAUUGAUUUAUCCCACGAUGCUGAGCCCGUUCACCAAGCCCGGCCUCUUCGCCAACAAUUUAACAGGCAUCCAUUCGAGUUUCGCUCACAACAACAAACCCGUCUUCAGUUCACCUUCCAACCUGAGCCCAAGGACUCAGGGCGUCGCUGUGAAGGAUGAUGAGGUAAGCAGUUCCGAGGAAUCGACAGCAAACCGUCUCGAAGCCUGUUUAGAUUCCUCCAACCAGGAAGCCAAGUAUCCGUCUUCUAAACGCUUGGAGUUACCUAUACUUAGCGAUCCUUCCAGGCGACCACUGGACGUUCCUUACCUGACCAUCUUUCCCACAGAAAAUAUCUACGAAUCAGCCGCCAAACUGCUAUUUUUAUCCAUAAAAUGGGCUAGAAGCAUACCAUCAUUCCUGCAGCUUUCUUACAGGGAUCAAUCAAUAUUGCUGGAGGAAAGUUGGAGCGAACUUUUUAUAUUGACUGCGGCACAAUGGACGUUGCCUUUCGAUGAAAAUUUAUUAAUCACCAACGCGAUCACUUCUAACUGCAAACAAAGCGUUUUGGAAGAAGAUGCAAGGAAAUUGCGCGACGUGAUCAACAGAUUGACAUUGCUUAGGGUUGAUCACACGGAACACGCUUGUUUGAAAGCGCUUGUACUGUUCAAAGCAGAAUGCCGUGGAUUAUGUGAACCUAGUCACAUAGAGCUCCUUCAAGACCAAACCCACGUCAUGCUGAGCGAAUACUGCAAUCAGCGACAGACCACACCGAAAGGAAGAUUCGGAAAAUUGCUACUUGCGUUACCAUCGGUCCAAGCCAUAAGCAGGAAGAGUUUGGAGGAGUUGCUGUUCAAACAGACUGUGGGAGACGUCGCUAUAGAUAGGCUACUUGGAGACUUAGCCAAAGCCACGCAAACCUAAGAUACUUACCACAAUAUUAAAAUCGUGUAUUUAUAUGACUCGCAACAUCACCGACGGUUGACACAUACCAUCUUUUUAUCCCUGUGCGUGAUUUCUUUACUAUUAAC